ACGUCGGCUACCAAACACCAUGGAGGCUUCGAUGAAGAUGCAAUGUGAAAAUGGAAUGAUUUUCACGUGUCAUUUAUUCAGUAAUGUAACUGCAGUUUAUGAAUUUAACCUAUACUAUAUCGGACUGUCGUUGUAUAGAAUAUAAAUAUAUUUUUGAGAGAGAAUCUGAUCAACGGGGAUGCCUGGCGCAGCCAACGGACCGUUAUGAUUAGAAUAUUGGGCAUGGAUUGGAUUGCUGUGUUCUAUCCUAUUUACCUUGUUCCUUAUCAUUCUGUUAUCACGCUGGACCUUACUAGGCAUGUUCAAAAUUGUGAAUUUGCAGUGCUUGCCACAAGGAAAUGUGACUAUCAGCAUUUUGUUUUUGAGAAAAUGUGAAAGGUAACAGUGGAAUGAUCAUGAGCGACUGUCGACAAACACCUCUUCAGUAUAUGUUUCUUAAGAUAAUAUUAUUUUCGCUAUGCUCGCCGGGACGCUGUCACUCCACUUCACAACAUUCUUGCGUGAUGUAGCCUAUAGGAAUGUGAAGAAAACGGAGCAAUAAAAUGCAUCGACAAAAUGGUCUUGCUUCCCCGAAAGGAUUUAUUAGUGAUCCUUAAAAUACAUUGUGCCAACGAAGAAUGUCAGGGACAUCAAAUGCAGAAUCUUCUGAAGGAGUAGUCUCCAAAGUGAAAGUAAAAAAGCAGAUCAAGACAAUCAUGAAGGAUUUGGAGACCAUCCUGGGAGACUUGAGGGAUGUGGCCAAAGAGCUCAAAGAGGUUGUGCAUGAGAUCGACUCCCUCACGUGUGACCUACAGCUGGAGGAGGCGAUGACGGACAGUUCCAAGACAGACACCCUGAACAGCAGCUGUAGCAGCAGCACCACCACAGCCUCCAGCAUUGACAAGAUCAAGAUCUACCCUGACGACGCUAUCUUUAGGCCCCCGUCUGUCAUCCCUGCUGUCCUGACUGUGCUGAAGAAGCCCCACCCUCCUCUGCCACCUCCCAGGCUGACAUCUAUCAAAGCGGAGGAGAACAACAAGAAUCCUCCAUCAGGGAACCUACUAGCCAAGGCUAACGGGACUCUUAUGCGCAAUGAAGUUUGCACAGGGAAGUCAAACAGAGACUUAUUGUACUGCAUCUCAAAUAGUAUUCCAGAGAAAGGACGUACACCCAUGCCUUUGCUACGGCAUGAAGAGAGCAAAUGCCACCAGGCCACCAGGGAGCGGGUCCGAUUCAGUGAAAAGGUCCAGUAUCACGGGUACUGCCCUGACUGUGACCUGCAAUAUGACGUCAAUAACACAGAUAUACACUUACAGACAGAAUUGACUGAAGUAAUGAGCCCUGUCCAUCAGUGUUCCUCCUCCUCACCACCACCCCAGCUCCUGUUGGAAAAUGGCGGCCUCAGCGUCAGCCAUAGUUUCCCUCCUGCAAACUCGCCUUGUGUGCCUCAUCCUAACCCUUCCUUGAAACCACAGAAAACCAUCCUCCGAAAAUCAACCACCACAACGGUUUGAAAAUCAACCACCACAACGGUUUGAUGUUAAUCGCCCUUAAUUAAACAUUUAAAAAUUAUAGUGUUCUAUUUCUAUUUUACAAGCUUUCUACUGCAGUCAAACGUGGAUUAAUCUAAACAAUGAGAAAAAAAAGAGACUAUGCACAAGGAGAGAAUGAAUGGUCCUUCUGGGUAAGAGUGGAAACAACCUUCACUGACAUUAAGCUGAUCAACUUCAGUUCAGCAUACAGUCACUGAGAACGAUGCUCCCUACCUUUGACAGAACAUCCCCCAGAACCCCCGAGCCAUGGCCAAAUAAUUCAUCCUCACAGAGAGAGAACAUUGGAAGUCCUCAAGGCAUAGUCUUACUCACAGAUAAAUAUUGCAGAAGUUCAAAUGUAAUGGAAAAAUAAGAUGAAAACAUUGUGUCCAAGUGGGACUGGUUCAUUUACAACUGAAAUUAAGAUUUUCUGUUUAGUCAUAGGUUAAACUGAUGUCCCCAGCAUUUGGAGAACUAUUCCAGGUGGAAGUCUACUCAGUCUCAACUCCUUUUGAGAGGGCAAGAGAGACAGAGUGCGAGCGAGAGAGAAAAAAAAGAUGGUCAAUAUUUUAAAGCCAUAAUUUGAACAAGAAAAGACCCACUCAGUUACAGUUUUUUGCUUUGUGAAUUGUGCUAUAUUUGCCUUGAAGAUAACAUAUUUGACAUAAACAUCCAGUGAAAUCUGGUAAUCUGCAGUGACUGCUCUGAAGAUAGAAGCCACAACAUGGUCCUCUAACGUCUAUACUGUAGUAGGGUGUGAAAAACAUACAGUAAAUGUGUCCUUUUGCAAAUCCAACAUACAAUAUGAGGCAAGUUGAAUGGCUCAGAAAUUGUAAUGGAGGCUGGUCACUCAUUUGUGUUCAGAAUGUGUUUCGCAUAUUGACAUCUAUGUUCAAUGUCAUGCAAGUUACUUGCAAAGAUAUGGCAUACAGCUUUAAACAACUCUCAAAGACAGAAUCAUUUGCAUCAAAUUGUAUUUGUAUAUAUUUAGAGUAAUUUUCUACAGAGAUUUUAACAUAAAAUCUAAUAUUUUUGAUAUUCCAUGGGAUGAGAGUAGUAUUUUGAAGAAGACUGUCAUACUUUUGAAAUACAUUUAUCUCUGCAGGGCAUAUGUGGAUAUUCUAUUUCUAUAGUGAGAGAGUAUUUAUAUAGAUUUUUAAAAACAUGUUAUCAUUAUGUUACAGGGGUGUAAAAAAAAAUGUGUAGCACAUGAAAGCAAACUAGAUUAAACCAAAUACAGUACAUUGUUGUGCUCAGAGGAAGCAUGAUGCUGAAUGAAUGCACGGCUGAUUCUUCUUCCACCUCAUCCUGUCAUCACUGUGGUCUCCUAUGCAUUUACUGGAGAGGCUGUUGAGACAUGCUGCCCCUUCCACAAACUGGAGUGCACCUCACUUUUGCCCACCCUUAGCUGAUGUGGACUUUGUGACUGUGUGUCCUUGUCUCUCUGGACCACUAAUGACUUUGCUUUGAAGAGGAUGGAACGUAACAAACAAACUUCGUCAAUGACGUGUCGGGAAAACAAUGUAUAUGUCCACAUCUUUAUGAAUAAUUUGCACUUUGCACUUAUGUUAUUCUUUAUACUUUGUGGACUUUAAUACAUGAAUUACAGAA